AUUAGGUUUGGAGGAAGCAGCACUUCUCGUCGCUCAGCUCCCGUGACGGACUAUAUCGCCUCCAGACCGCUCGCCAUUUUUACAUCCAGUAUAAGGAAUAACUCACAAAUCUUUCAGUCAUAAGGAGUUUUUUUUAUUUCAAAACCUCACGACAGUGCUCCAUAAUGAUGGAAAUGGAGGUGAUGCAUUCCGGCCAACAGGACAUGGACCUGAUUGACAUACUGUGGAAGCAAGACAUUGAUCUUGGUGCAAGGCGUGAAGUGUUUGACUACAACCACCGUCAGAAAGAGCAUGAGCUCCAGAGGCAGCGGGAGCUGGAGGAGGAGAAGAAGCUGCAUUUGCUCCGGGAGCAGGAGAAGGCCCUGCUGGCACAGCUACAGCUAGACGAGGAGACGGGAGAGUACAUACCUCGUGCCCCGCUGCAGCCUGCCGUCACACCUCUAGAGAAUGCCAGUUUCACAGAAACAAGUGACGCCAUGUCAUUCGAUGAAUGUUUGCAGCUACUGGCAGAGACGUUUCCUGUAGAAGAAACUGAGAACACUUCAGUUUGUCUGGACACACCUGCUGUCUCAGCAGCCAUCAGCAGCAACAUGAUGAUGUCCCCUGAACAGCCAGCUCCAUCACCUGCCACCCUCUCCCCAGGACAGCUGCCACCACCAGCACCACAGGGAAUGUCCCCAGAUUUGGAGGAGGCCUGGAUGGAGAUUUUGUCCCUCCCCGAGCUGCAGGAAUGCCUCAACAUGCAAAUGGAGGACACACUGGAGACCACAACCUAUCCCCUUCAAGACAGCCCUGAAAUACAGAAUCCAAACUACUCUUUUUACCCCAUGACAGAUGAGAAAGCAAACAGUUUAAAUGUCGAUCCCACAGAGUUUAUGAACACAUUUGACAGCUCCGUUCCCAGCAUGGCUCCAGCUGAUGGCCUCAGCCCGAUAAAAGUGAAAACCACUCAAUUAAAUGCCAAUUUAGGCGCAGAAAGUUUCUGUAACAUAUUUUAUCAAAACACUAUAUUGGAAGAGAGCAGUGGUCAGCAUGGGCUCGAAGGAAAUGAAAGUGCUGCCGUGUCCGAUGUCCCGAACGAGGCCCCCUUCACUCCCAUGGAUUUGUACAGCCUCUCACCCGGAGAUGCCUUUGACAGAAGCAAGCAAAAUCUAAUAACAGAACAGCCAGACUCAGAUUCGGGGAUCUCUACAAAUGCAAGUCCUGCAAAAUCUGCAUAUGGAAGCGAGUCCUUUAGAUGCAGUGACUCGGACAUGGAGGAGAUGGACCAGAACCCUGGCAGCCCAGAGUCUGACUACUCUGAGAUGUUUUCAUUAAAUUUCCAACCAGAUGAUGCACACGCAGCAAUUUCUGUAUCUACACCAUCUCAGCAACCAAAUGAGCAGGAGAAGAAUCCCAAACAUAAGGUGGACCCAGGAGAAGAGAGCAGCCACAAGAACGCCCCCUUCACCAAAGAUAAAGCGAAGAAACGCUCUGAUGUGCGUCUCUCCAGAGACGAACAGAGAGCCAAGGCGCUCAAAAUCCCCUUUACUGUUGACAUGAUUAUCAACCUCCCCGUUGAUGAUUUUAAUGAGAUGAUGUCAAAACACCAACUGAACGAGGCCCAGCUGGCCCUGGUCCGCGACAUACGCCGCCGCGGAAAGAACAAGGUGGCAGCCCAGAACUGCCGUAAACGCAAGAUGGAGAACAUAGUGGGUCUGGAGAGUGAGCUGGACUCGCUGAAGGAAGAAAAAGAGCGCCUGCUGAGUGAGAAGAGCAAGAACAUGACAGACCUGAAGGAAAUGAAGUGGCAGCUCAACAACUUGUACCUGGAGGUCUUUGGCAUGUUGAGAGAUGAGAAGGGAAAUUCCUACUCCCCAUCAGAGUACUCUCUUCAGCAGUCAACAGAUGGCAGCGUCUUUCUCGUUCCCCGCAUUAAAAAGACUUUUAAAAGUGACAACAGACACUGAUCUCCUUUGUAAUAUGGUACUUCAUUAUUAUUAUAGUAUACUAUGCAAUAACUUUGUAGUUGCUCAGCUUUAAGCGUUAAUAGCUCAGCAGAACUAUUGUAUAGUUUUUGCUUCUCUUGAAUGUUCUACUAUUUUUUUAUAUUUUACUUCUUUUGUACUCCGACACCUUCACAGAUUCUUUAACCAAUAGUUUGUAAAUAUAAGCACUUGCUGAGAUUGAUUAAAAAAAAGUUACUGUUUGUACAUAUAUAUUGUAUAUAUAUUAUAUUUCUGUAUGCUAAUGAUUAUUUCAAUCAGUUACUUAUUUUAUAACUUUAUCCUUAUGAUUUGCUCCCCUUUUUUUAUUCUGAUUUCUGUGCUUUGAAAUAAACUAUUCAUAUAGCUACUUAGUCUCCUGCUGACUGAAAACAGAAUAUUGCGUGCUAUGCUGCAGCCACAGCCCACAACAGAUUGGUGCCAGAUGGAUAUGUAGUUUUAAGAUACUAUUGCAUAACCUACCACAUGUUCAAGACAGUUCUUGACAUGAAUGCUUUGCUAAAGUGCUUACAGCGCAGCAAAUGAAUAGAAUUUUGUAAAGACACAAAGACGUCACUGGAUUGAAAUGCUUUCACAAUCUGCUCAAUUUGUAUAGGAGCGAGCUUGUUUGUACAGAAACCCAAAUCUUUUUAUUCUAUUAAAACUCCUGGUAAAAGAACUCA